AUGAAGAGGAAACUGGUGAAACUGAGACCGAGCCCCAACGAGGAGGCUCGGAUCCUCAGAGAAGAACAGGAGAGGAGGCGGAAGCUGCGGAUACAGCAGGUGCGGGAGCAGCAGCGGCACAUCGCCCAGCAGAUCCGCCAGGCGGUGGAGCGGCAGCGGCAGCGGGAGCUGGAGCUGCUGGGCGAGCGGCUGCGGGUGGACUGGGAGCGGCAGCACCAGGAGAAGCUCCACGCGCUGCAGAGGCUCUACCAGGAGAGUCUCCAGCAGCUGGGACAGGGACACAGGAGCGCCAAGGAGAAUGAACCCGACUUGGCGGCCAUUGCUCAGAAGGAGGAAGAAAAUCACGCCAGAGCAGAUCAGCGUUAUCGAGAAGCCCUGAAGGAGCUGAAAUCACAGAGACUGAAAGAACAUGAGCGACAAAGCCAACUCAUCAGCUCCAGGAAGAAGGCUCUGCAGACAGAAAAGGAGAGAUCAGCAAAGGUGGUCCGCCUCCCGCCGCCUCCCCCCAACCCCGUUCAGAAUAUUGAUUAUAAGAAACCACACGUGGUGAAGAAGUCUGAUGUGAGCGCCUUCGCUGCCACACGUUACAACAUGCCAGAGAGCACGGUGGACCGAGAGGACGGCACACAGCAGGUGAAUGCUCACGAGGAAGCUGAGCUGGAGGCGAGGAGACAGCAGGAGCUGCAGAGGGAGGAAACCAGGAGGAGAGAGGAGCAGCUGGAGAAGGCUCGUCUCAGAGGGAGGCAGGCCCUGAGGAGGGAACAGCUCGUACAGGAUCGUGAGCGCCUGCUGGUGGAGCUGGAGCACAUGCAGCAGAGCGACCUGCUGAGGAGGAGACAGCAGGUGUACCAGAUGCCUCCUCAGAUCUUCCAGCCUCUCUACAAGAGACAGGAGACCAGGGACGACUUCCAGAGGGAGAUGGAGUUUGCCUUUGAGGACAUGGUCACAGGAGAGAGGAGGGUCAAAGGUGACCUGGUGGUCCAGCUGGCUCCGGAGCCCCUGCCAGCUCUGUCCACGGCCAGCCAGGACCAAGAGCUGGACGUCACUCUGGAUGAGAUCACCUCCCCGGGAACAGAACACUCUCCACAUGAAGCUGAGCAAGAGGCUGAGAGCAAAGAGCAGGAAACAUCCGCUCCAGGUGAAGAGAAGCGACAGAGGAACACUGAGUUCAGGAAGUGCUCAGGGUUGUUGGAAGGCUUGAAAAAUGUCAGUUACCCUUUGGCAUUGGAACCCUCCAAACCUGCUCCUCGCCGGGCGUUGAAGAAGCUCCUGGAUCGUAUCAGAGGUCAGAGGUCGACUGAGCACAGCAGUCGUGUCUCUCCAGCUGAUUCACCGACUGUGAUGACUGAUCAGAUUCCAGAGCGCGACACCAGCAUCGAGUCCGGCUCGCUGACCAGCGGAGAGAAGGAGCAGCCAGCUCCCACUGACCCCCCCCCAGAGAAGACAUCCACCAUCGUCAGCUCACUGGAGACGUCACCUGCAGCAGAACCUCGACGUCCCGAUGAACUCACAAACAGAAUCCAAGACUUUGGAGAAGAACGAAAGAAAAGGGAGGAGGAGCUUGAGCGGGAGAAGCAGCAGCAGGUGGUUUUGCUGCAGGAGCUUGAAAAGCAGCAGGUCAAACUGGAGCAGAUGCUGCUGGAGGCUCAGCAGGAGAGGGAGGAUCUGAAAGCUGCUGCGGCGAAGCAGGAAGUGGAUUUCAACCAAUCAGACGUACCUGACCAGGAUCAGGAAGUGGCCUCGGUUCUCACUGGUCCAGCAACUGAGCUGGAGCCCCCUGCAGGUGAAGAUGACCACCACCGGAGAAUUAGAGAAUAUCAACAACGGCUGCUGGAACAAAACAAAACUCACCAGAGGUCCGUGGAAGUGGCUCGCCAGCGUCUGGAGGAAUACCAGCGGGCUCUGCGAGUUCGUUACAGCAUGACCUCUCCGUUGUUUCAGUCCGCUGUCGUACCUCCAGGUCCCUCACCGCUGCAUCUUCCAACCCGUCGACCUCUACCUACAACUCCUGCAGUCCCUUCAUUCAUCCAUAAUAAACCACUGACCUCAAUAGAAGUUCCCACUAGAGAGUCUGAUGUUCGGGCUUCACCUCCACGUCUUCCAGGGAGCGCUGGUUCCCGGCUGCUGCCCGGAGAAGUGGAAUCCCGCGCAAAUCAUUCAAGGAACCAAAGAGCAAGCGUGAGCUCCUGGCUCACCGACAACAUAAUGGAGAGAGUCACCGAGCACCUCCCACAGAGGGUGAGACCCUCCUCGCUCACCACAGAGCCUCCGCCUCACAAACUGUUCACAUCACGUCCCUCAACCAACGUCCCACUCCAGCGAUCCUCCGAUCCCAACCAGGCCACCAGCCCGAGCCUCUGGGACGAUGCACCUCUGGUUCCAGGCCGUGCAGAGGUUCAGCCCGGGGUCGUGAGAAGGGACGACAAGGAGAGGCAGAGGCGAGAGCUGCAGGAGUUCCAGAGGCGUGUGCAGGAGCAGAGGGAGGCGAUAGAGCUGCAGCAAGAAGAGGAGAGCAGCAGCAGGAGGCGGUAG